GUUAGCUAUACACAGCCUCAAACCUUUCUGUAUUAAGAAAUAAAAAAUAAAGAGAAUUGUUUUAAAUCAUGUCGAAUGGAACAUAUUAUUUCGUUAUUGUUAGUCAAAACGAUUGUCCAAUAUUUGAGGCUGAUUUUUAUCCGCAUUCGAAAUCAAACGAUCCUAAGAGGGAUGAUCAUCGACACUUAAAUCAGUUUAUAGCUCACUCUGCAUUGGAUAUUAUUGAUGAACAAAUGUGGCACACGAAUAAUAUGUACCUAAAAAAUGUAGAUAAAUUUAAUGAAUGGUGUGUAUCAGCCUUUGUAACAGCAAGUAAGAUGCGAUUUGUUAUGUUACACGAUGCAAAGAAUGAGGAUGGAAUAAAAAACUUCUUCCAAGACGUUUACGAGCAUUACGUUAAGCUUGUUAUGAACCCAUUCUAUGAAAUAGGAACUGCAAUAAGGAACGAAGCUUUUGAUAACAAAGUUAAAUUAUAUGGAAAGAAAUAUUUGACGAUUUAA